UUUUUUUUUUUCUGUUUCGAGUUUUGUUUGCUUCUCAAAAUCUCUGAACGGUAGUGAAUUAUCAUCAGUGUCCACACAUGAAACAGAGAGAGAUAAAGACAGAACGAGAGAGAGAGAGAGGGAGAGAGUGAUGCAGUCCAGUGAGGACCAGUUGUAGAGCUGUAAAUUCGCCAACGGCGUCUUCUUUGAUUUCCCAGAGUCAGAAUCUUCGGCUGCGAUCGUUUCAGCUCCUUCCAGGCCUCUAAUCCAUUUCCCUGCUUUCAAUUCAACCUGCCCCCCGUUCAGACCACCUCGCUGUCCUUCUCCAACCCCUGUUUUCAACAAACUUCGUGUUUCUUGUGUUGUUGUGGUUCUCCUUCAUCUUCGUCUCGGUUCUGCAAGUGGCAUUGAUAUGAACUUCUCGGUUCGUGCCAUGUGGGGGUUGAGUUACCUUGGAAGAUGCUUGGUGGUUAAGGUUUAGUGAUGGGUUGGUGAGAGUGGACCAAUUCAGUCUCUCUGUUCUUUGUCUUCGUAAUGAAGCCUUCCGGUUUGCGCCUAGGGUUUGGUAAGCUGUAAUAGCUGGAAUUUUUCUGCUUCCAUCAAAGUUCUCCCCAGUCAAAUUCUUGGGUCUUCACUACCAAAAAAGAAACAGAGGGAAAAGCUUUGGGUCUUGCUUUGAUUCAGUUAACUUUAUUUAUUUAUUUUUCAAUUUUGUCUUGAUUUCUGCUUGUCUUCCUGUUUCUCUGAAUCUGGGUUCUCUUUCUUCCCCCUACCCUCCCCAAAUUCUAGAUGAAUAGAGCUAAUUAUUAUAAUUGAUCUAAAUCUUCCGGUAUUUUUUUUUCAAAUGUUUUUUGAAGAGAUAAUAUGUUCCACUGUGAACUAAUGUACGUGGUAAAAGCCUUUUCAUCUUGAAUUUGUCGCAUUUGCUUGUUUCUUUGGUUUCUCUUCGUUUGGUAAUAGGCGUGGUUGUCUUUUUGAGGGAUUUUGCAUUGAUUUCGCUGGUGAUGAUCAUCUCUGCUUAGAAUUUUCAGCUCUAAUGGAGCAGAAUCAAGUCAUUUUCGUAUUCUGUUUAACUUAUGCGUGCUUCAUAUAGCCUUUUCUCCUUAAUUUUUGAAGUCUUUGAAAAAGUUUCACGAUUUCAAGUUCGUGGUGGAGCAUUCUGUCAAGUGUUAAAAACUUCCGCUCUUCUUCAUUUCGUAAUUGUUUGGACUGUGCGUCUCUUCUGGUGCUUGUAGGCUAGGAAAAUUAGAGCAGAGAGGAGGUAACUAAACAGCUUUGGUUAAAUUGAAAUUUGGGUGAACGUUGGUUGAGAGAAACUUGAUUAAGUUAUUGGAAGUAAAUGCAUGGAUCGAAGGGAAGCUAUGGCGUUAUCUGGGUCGGCUUCUUAUUAUAUGCAGAGAGGAAUGGCUGGCACUGGGCCUGGGACACAGACUGGUUUGCAUGGAUCAUCAGGUAUUCGUCCACUGUCUAAUCCAAAUGCACCAUAUCAGUCCAACAUUGGAGGCAGUUCUAUGGGAUCAACGUUACCAGCAGAGCCAUCAUCUGCAAUGUCCCCUCACGUUAAUGUAGGUGCACCAUCUGCAGUGCCUCAAGGUGAACCUGUGCGAAGAAAAAGGGGCAGACCUCGAAAAUAUGGAUCGGAUGGAACUGUGUCUUUGGCUUUGUCUCCCUCAUCGGUGACUCCACCAGCGACCGUGUCAUCAAGCCAGAAGCGUGGUAGAGGCCGACCACCAGGAUCUGGGAAGAAGCAACAAUUGGCUUCUUUUGGUGAAUGGCUGUCUGGUUCCGCUGGGAUGGGCUUCACUCCACAUAUCAUCAGCGUUGCUACAGGAGAAGACAUUGCAACAAAAAUAAUCGCAUUCUCACAGCAGGGGCCGAGGGCCAUAUGCAUCUUGUCAGCCAAUGGUUCUGUCUCCACUGUGACUCUUCGUCAACCUUCAACUUCUGGUGGCUUUGUCACAUAUGAGGGGCGAUUUGAGAUAUUAUGUCUGUCAGGCUCUUACUUGCCCAUCGACAGUGAUGGUUGCUACUGUCCCAGUAACCGGACUGGGGGUCUUAGUAUCUCCCUUUCUAGUCCUGAUGGUCGAGUCAUUGGUGGAGGAGUUGGGGGAAUGCUUAUUGCCGCAAGCACUGUUCAGGUGAUCAUAGGGAGCUUCGUAUGUGGCGGUUCAAAAAUGAAAAACAAAGCUGGAACAGCUUCGGAAGGCAAUGGAGAUGUUGAUGGUCAGACAGUUGACAAUCCAGUAACUCCAUCUAGUAUUCCACCUGGCCAGAAUCUCAUUUCAGCUUCCUCAUUGGCUGCUUGGCCUGGUUCACGGCCAAUGGAUAUGCAGAAUGCCCAUAUCGACAUUGAUCUGAUGCGUGGGUGACUAAUUUCUAUAAAGCAAAGCAUGGGAGGAAUUGUAUAUAUGUUGCUGCUUUUUCAGAAGCCACCUUAGCUCUAGUUUUCUCGAGUCUCAGAAGCUUUGAAAAAAAUCUAGCCUGAUUCGUGGCUUAAUGGAUGUUGUCAUUUUACCCAGUCGACUAUGGGCUUGUACUGAUUUUUGUAGCCCAAGGAAAUUUUAGUUUCAUUUUGGAGCUUAUCAUUAUCUCCUAAUCUAUUCUAAAGCCUGUGGCUAUGGAUUAUCUUCUUAGACAGCGUGCUGCCAUGAUUGUAAGUUCGAUUCAAUUCGAUCAGAUUAUGUGUUGCUCUCUAUGCGUCUCUAGUUGAAGAUGCCUCAAAUAUCUCCUGCGAAAAAUGCUGUCAUUGGUGUUCCAACCUUGGAUUUUGAUGGUGUGAAGUUGGACAAAAUGCUAAUGCAGAAUUCUGAUUUUUUGAAUUCCUGAUCGUUUCAGAUCAUUGCUUUGACAUGAUGUUCAAAAGGUAUCUCUUUUUAAUUGCAAAUACUCAUUUGCACAUUCAA